CUCCCUCCUCUUCUCUCUCUCCCUCUCCUUCCUCCUCCGCCUCCUCAGCUCUUGGGCUAGAAUAUCUAUGGGUCGAAACGUGAUGCGAUGAAUCCGAGAGAGACCGAAACUGGGACGAGGAGUGCGGCGGAAGCGGCGGGACUCCUGGGCAUGGGGGCUUCACCACAAUAGAGGCAGCGCCCCCACCCGCUCCCGCCAGCCCCUCCGGAACGAAGCCCCCAAAACCCCUCGGGAAAAGGAUGGCGGCGGCACCUACCCAGAUUGAAGCCGAGCUGUAUUACCUGAUCGCUAGAUUCCUGCAGUCCGGACCCUGCAACAAAUCUGCCCAGGUGCUAGUGCAGGAGCUCGAGGAGCAUCAGCUUAUUCCGCGCCGCUUAGACUGGGAGGGGAGAGAGCACCGAAGAAGCUUCGAGGAUCUGGUGGCAGCCAAUGCACACAUUCCUCCAGACUACCUCCUUAAAAUUUGUGAGCGGAUUGGUCCCUUACUAGAUAAGGAGAUCCCUCAGAGUGUUCCUGGGGUACAGACUUUACUAGGUGUUGGUCGGCAGUCUCUGUUACGGGAUGCCAAAGACUGUAAGAGUACACUAUGGAAUGGAUCUGCUUUUGCAGCUCUACAUAGAGGCAGACCUCCAGAACUACCUGUAAAUUAUGUGAAACCUCCAAAUGUGGUGAAUAUCACUUCUGCCAGGCAAUUAACCGGAUGUAGUCGCUUCAGCCAUAUUUUCCCUUCAUCUGCUUACCAGCACAUUAAGAUGCAUAAGAGAAUUCUGGGACACUUGUCAUCUGUCUACUGUGUAGCAUUUGACAGAAGUGGGAGAAGAAUUUUUACAGGCUCAGAUGACUGCUUGGUGAAAAUUUGGGCAACAGAUGAUGGACGCCUCCUUGCUACACUUCGAGGGCACUCUGCUGAAAUUUCUGACAUGGCUGUUAACUAUGAAAACACUCUUAUUGCCGCAGGCAGCUGUGAUAAGGUUGUAAGAGUGUGGUGUCUUCGAACUUGUGCGCCAGUUGCAGUCCUUCAGGGACAUUCAGCUUCUAUUACUUCCAUACAGUUUUGUCCAUCAACUAAAGGCACAACAAGAUACCUCACUUCUACUGGUGCUGAUGGAACAAUUUGUUUCUGGCAAUGGCAUGUAAAAACAAUGAAGUUUAGAGAUCGCCCAGUGAAAUUUACUGAAAGAUCUAGACCAGGAGUUCAGAUAUCUUGUUCAUCUUUCAGUUCUGGUGGUAUGUUCAUUACAACAGGUAGCACUGACCAUGUAAUUAGAAUAUAUUAUUUGGGUUCUGAGAUCCCUGAGAAAAUUGCUGAAUUAGAGUCACAUACGGAUAAGGUUGUUGCUGUUCAGUUCUGUAACAAUGGAGACAGUUUAAGAUUCGUUAGUGGAAGUAGAGAUGGAACAGCAAGAAUUUGGCAAUAUCAGCAACAAGAAUGGAAGAGUAUAGUGCUAGAUAUGGCUACUAAAAUGACUGGGAAUAAUUUACCAUCUGGUGAAGACAAGGUCACUAAACUUAAAGUGACUAUGGUGGCCUGGGAUCGCUAUGACACCACAGUCAUUACUGCAGUGAAUAAUUUUCUUUUGAAAGUAUGGAAUUCUAUCACAGGCCAGCUUCUUCAUACUUUAUCUGGGCAUGAUGAUGAAGUAUUUGUUUUGGAAGCACAUCCAUUUGAUCAAAGGAUCAUACUUUCGGCAGGUCAUGAUGGGAACAUUUUUAUUUGGGACCUUGACCGGGGGACCAAAAUUCGGAAUUAUUUUAACAUGAUUGAAGGCCAAGGCCACGGUGCAGUGUUUGACUGUAAAUUUUCACCAGAUGGAAACCAUUUUGCCUGCACUGAUUCUCAUGGGCAUUUGCUGCUUUUUGGAUUUGGAUGCAGUAAAUACUAUGAAAAGAUUCCAGAUCAGAUGUUCUUCCAUACGGAUUAUCGACCGCUUAUCCGUGAUGCCAACAACUAUGUAUUGGAUGAACAAACCCAACAAGCUCCUCAUCUCAUGCCUCCCCCAUUCUUGGUGGAUGUUGAUGGAAACCCUCAUCCCACAAAAUUCCAAAGGCUAGUACCAGGACGGGAAAAUUGUAAAGAUGAACAACUUAUACCACAGCUGGGAUAUGUGGCUAAUGGUGAUGGUGAAGUAGUAGAACAGGUUAUUGGGCAACAAACCAAUGACCAAGAUGAGAGCAUUCUGGAUGGAAUAAUCAGGGAGUUACAAAGAGAACAAGAUCUGAGACUAAUUAAUGAAGGAGAUGUUCCACAUUUUCCAAUUAAUAGAUCAUAUUCUGCUAAUGGUGCUCUGAGAAAUCCAAAUAUGGACAUAUCUUCUUCCCCAAACAUUGGACUCCGACGUAGUGGUCAAAUUGAAGGUGUCCGACAAAUGCAUAACAAUGCUCCUCGAAGCCAGAUGGCCACUGAACGAGACCUCAUGGCAUGGAGCAGAAGAGUAGUGGUCAAUGAACUAAAUAAUGGGGUUAGUAGGGUUCAGGAAGAAUGUCGAACUGCAAAAGGUGAUAUAGAAAUCAGUCUUUAUACAGUUGAAAAGAAGAAAAAGCCAUCUUAUACUACCCAAAGGAAUGAUUAUCAGCCUAGCUGUGGGCGUUCUUUACGAAGGACACAACGUAAGCGUCAGCAUACAUACCAAACACGGUCCAAUAUAGAGCAUAAUUCACAAGCAUCAUGUCAAAAUUCAGGUGUACAAGAAGACUCCAAUAGCUCCUCAGAGGAAGAUGAAACAGUUGGCACAAGUGAUGCUUCUGUAGAGGAUCCUAUUAUUGAAUGGCAAAGUGAAAGUUCCUCCAGUGACUCAUCAAGUGAAUAUUCUGAUUGGACAGCAGAUGCCGGAAUAAAUUUGCAACCUCCAAAAAGGCAAACCAGACAGGCAACAAGGAAAAUAUGCAGCAGCUCGGAGGAAGAGAAUUUGAAGUCACUAGAAGAAAGGCAGAAGAAACCAAAACAGACUAGAAAGAAGAAAGGAGGACUGGUUUCUAUGGCAGGUGAGCCCAAUGAAGAAUGGUUUGCUCCUCAGUGGAUCUUGGAUACCAUACCACGACGUUCCCCCUUUGUCCCACAGAUGGGAGAUGAGCUCAUCUAUUUUAGGCAAGGCCAUGAAGCUUAUGUACGAGCUGUAAGAAAAUCAAAAAUAUACAGCGUUAAUUUACAAAAACAGCCAUGGAAUAAAAUGGAUCUCAGGGAACAAGAGUUUGUUAAGAUUGUGGGUAUCAAAUAUGAGGUUGGACCACCUACACUCUGUUGCUUGAAGCUUGCAUUUCUGGACCCCAUUUCCGGCAAAAUGACUGGAGAAUCUUUUUCCAUUAAGUAUCAUGACAUGCCAGAUGUCAUUGACUUCCUUGUGCUACAUCAAUUUUAUAAUGAAGCCAAAGAAAGGAAUUGGCAGAUUGGUGAUAGAUUCCGCAGUAUAAUAGAUGACGCCUGGUGGUUUGGGACUGUGGAGAGUCAGCAGCCUUUUCAACCAGAGUAUCCUGAUAGUUCUUUCCAGUGUUACAGUGUUCACUGGGACAAUAACGAGAGAGAAAAGAUGAGCCCUUGGGAUAUGGAGCCAAUUCCAGAAGGAACUGCCUUUCCAGAUGAAGUUGGCGCUGGUGUUCCUGUAUCCCAAGAGGAACUAACUGCUUUGCUAUAUAAACCCCAAGAAGGAGAGUGGGGGGCUCAUUCCAGAGAUGAGGAAUGUGAACGAGUUAUUCAGGGCAUCAACCACCUUCUUUCCCUGGAUUUUGCCAGCCCUUUUGCUGUCCCAGUGGAUCUCAGUGCCUAUCCCUUGUAUUGUACUGUAGUUGCUUAUCCAACUGACCUCAACACUAUCAGGCGGAGACUUGAAAAUCGCUUUUACAGGAGGAUAUCAGCAUUGAUGUGGGAAGUACGCUACAUUGAGCAUAAUGCUAGGACUUUCAAUGAGCCAGACAGUCCUAUAGUGAAAGCAGCCAAAAUUGUAACUGAUGUCUUACUUCGAUUUAUUGGGGAUCAGAGCUGUACUGAUAUACUGGAUACUUAUAAUAAGAUUAAAGCAGAAGAACUAAACAGUACUGAUGCAGAGGAGGAUACGGAAAUAGUUGACUUAGAUUCAGAUGGUCCUGGUACUUCAUCUGGAAGAAGAGUCAAAUGCCGAGGCAGGAGACAGUCUUUAAAGUGUAAUCCUGAUGCUUGGAGAAAACAAUGCAAGGAACUUUUGGGCCUAAUUUAUGAACGUGAAGAUUCAGAGCCAUUUCGACAGCCAUCUGAUCAUCUUUCCUACCCAGGCCAUCAAGAGCAAGAGGAUGAAUCCUCUGAGUCAGUUAUUCCAGAACGCCAACAAGAUCCACCUGUUGGUGAGGAUUAUCAAGAUGUUAUAGACACUCCUAUGGACUUCAGCACUGUGAAAGAAACUUUGGAAGCAGGAAACUAUGGUAGUCCUCUGGAAUUUUAUAAGGAUGUUCGCCAAAUAUUCAGCAACUCCAAAGCUUAUACCUCUAAUAAAAAGUCAAGGAUCUAUAGCAUGACACUGCGAUUAUCUGCCUUAUUUGAAAGUCGUAUUAAAAAUAUCAUCUCUGAAUAUAAGUCAGCAAUCCAGAGUCAGAAGAGGAGAAGGCCACGGUACAGAAAACGUCUAAGAAGCAGCAGCAGUUCAUUAUCUAGUAGCAGAGCUCCUAGUCCAAAAGGGAAACAGAAACUAAUGAAGUUGCAGCCCAAAAAUGACCAGAAUACCUCAGUGUCUUAUGCCAGGACUAGCUCUCCUUUCUCAUCUCCUGUUUCAGAUGCUGCUGAAGGACUUUCACUGUAUUUACUUGAUGAUGAACUGGAUGGGCCAUUUUCUUCAUCCAGCUUCAGUGGAUAUAGCCGAAGUGGAAAUAGCCAUGACCCAGGGAAAGCCAAAUCAUUUCGAAAUAGAGUUUUGCCAAUUAAACAAGAUCACUCCCUUGAUGGACCCCUUACAAAUGGUGAUGGCAGAGAGCCCCGGACAGGAAUCAAGAGAAAACUACUUAGUGCAUCAGAAGAUGAAAGCAUGGGAAGAGAAGAGAAAGAGAAAAAAGAAACAAAAGAGAAAUCGCAUUUAUCUUCCUCAGAGAGUGGAGAGUUAGGAUCCAGUUUAAGUUCUGAAAGUACCUGUGGUUCUGAUUCUGACUCUGAAUCAACUUCCAGAACAGAUCAAGAUUACGUAGAUGGAGACCAUGACUAUAGCAAAUUCAUACAAACUAGGCCUAAAAGAAAACUCAGAAAGCAAUAUGCCAAUGGAAAAAGAAACUGGAAGACAAGAGGCACGGGAGGAAGAGGCAGAUGGGGCAGAUGGGGUAGAUGGAGUAGAGGAGGAAGAGGAAGAGGAGGCAGGGGACGAGGUAGUCGAGGAAGGGGUGGAGGUGGCACAAGAGGGAGAGGGAGAGGGAGAGGAGGAAGAGGUUCUUCUAGAGGAGCCACCAGAGCCAAACGUGCACGUAUUGCAGAUGAUGAAUUUGAUACCAUGUUUUCAGGACGUUUCAGUAGACUGCCUCGAAUUAAAACAAGAAACCAAGGCAGGAGGACUGUUUUAUAUAAUGAUGAUUCUGAUAAUGACAAUUUUGUGUCCACUGAAGAUCCUCUGAAUCUUGGUACAUCCAGAUCAGGCAGAGUGCGUAAAAUGACAGAAAAAGCCAGGGUUAGCCAUCUCAUGGGAUGGAAUUAUUAACAGUUAAUAAAUUUAGAAUAAUUUAAAAAAUUCAAUGGCCUUCUACUGCAGGGAAUUUACCAGGAAAUCUACAAAGCAAGUUGUGUGGGGACUUCUGCUUCCUUUCACAUUGGUGCUUUUCCAUUAUGCCAGUAUACAUUUGUUUUCAAGACUUUUAAUCUCCACACUUCAUUUGUUCAAACAAGCCUUACUCAUUAGGCCUUAAAUUUAAAAAAAAAAUUCUACACACACACACACACACACACACACACACACACACACACACCACAGACACUACAGAUAUACUACAUAAAGGAGCAUUCAGCUUCUUAGAGUAGCAUGACAUUUUUAUCUCAAUGGAAUAUCCCUCUUUUGCUUUUGUAUCACAGAAGUAUAGCACCUUCUUACAGAGUUUUAUAUAGUUUGUUUUUGCCAUUUUGAUUCCUGUACCAGUAAUAAUAACUUUUGCACAAUACACCAAUCCUAAAGGCAGCUAUUAAAUGUUUACAGUUUCUAUAUUGUAAGAACGAUCUGGAUUAUUUUACUCUUCCCAGGCCAAACUUUCAUGAAUUGUACUGAACUGAAGUAUAUAUUUAUACUACAGUUUUUUUUGGGGGGUGGGGGGUUCUUAAUAUGCUUUUCAUUGAUUUGCUUAAUUCAUGUUAAAGGUGAGAAAGGGUUGGUGCCUUGUAAAUAUGUAGCAAAUCUUUGUGGUGUGUCCUGAUGUGUGCAUUAACUUUAUUAAAAAAGAAUACUUGAGGUAUCAAUCUAGAUAAGGUGCCAAAUGCAAAAGUUUCUUGCAUCCAUUUUCUUUUCCCUGUUAUAUUUUAUUGCAUUAAUAGAACUUGUAUAGCUUAAAGAAUAACUUAAACAUUUGAAGAAUCCUCAUCCACAAAGAAUAACUGAAUAGUAGCUCAGCUACCUCUAUUAACUACAACUACUGGAAACAUUAAGUAAAAUUGAUGCCGUUAUUCCUUACUGACUAAGGAGAAAUAGAACAAGCUUGGUGGGAAUGAAUACUCAUAAAUUAUAAGCUGAGAGGUUGUUAAUAAUUGUAUCAGCUCUCAAAUUAAUAGUUGUAAUUAAACUUUCUUAAGUAUAGUAUGUUCUACCUUAUUAGGCUUUUCUUAGAACAUAUUUGUGUAAGUAGACAUGAUCAACUGCUUAUAUGUCUCUUCUACCACUUACUCUUUAACAGCUGUGGGUGACUGGUUUUGAAUUUUAAAAUGUAACACAGCACCUAGUUUGAGUGUUUUGGCUAGCUAAUAUUUUGAAUCAACGUUCUGCUCAUACCAUUCCAAAGGGUUCUUCUGUUAUAAUCUUUCAGAAAAGAACCUCGUUGCACUGUACACUGAUAUUUUGAGUCAUUAUUGUAUAAAUGAAAAAAAUCUUUUAAAACUAUGGUCUUGUUUACAGCAGUAGAGUGCACAUGAUUUCGUAAGUGAGCUUGAGUUCCAAAAUCAAUUUUACUCCUCAAUUUGAAAGAUUGUAAAUUCGCUAAUUCAUUAGAUGCUUAGAUUUUUGAGGUAAGAAGGAUAAUGCUGAUACCUGUUUUUGUAACAACAGAUUUGUUGUACAUAGAUCAGACUUGAGGAAUGAAAGAAACUUCUUAAUGUAUGCUUAGUAAUCCCAGGAUAUUUCUUAAGCUAAUGUAUUUGUCUCAUUCUUUCAAUCAUUUCAUGCAUCUGAAAAUCCUUAAGUGCAGAGGGAAGGAGUACACACAUAACUUUGCUUUUUUGGUUGGGCUGGGUGGGGUUUAUUCUUAGAUCAACAUCUUUAAGCAAUUUUCACUUGCAGUAGAAAUGAUGUUCAGGCUUUAAGAAAGUAUUGUGAAUUAUUAAUGGAACUAACUUAUGUUACUGGACAGUAGAUCAAGCUGAUUUUUUGGUUGUUGUAGUCUUCUUGUCACUAAACCAAAACUGCUUCUGGUUGUAACUGCCACCUUUACCCAUAAUAUAGAUUCAAAAAUGUUCAUGUUUGAAAUUCUACACUUGAUUUUUGCUAAAGUGUACUAUUUUAGUUAUUCAUCUCUUGGACAUUUAGACUAAAUUUUUGUUUGUGUUUUCCUGGAAUUGAUAACACUUUGGCCUACCCUAUUCAAGGUAACAUGUUCCUUAAAUUCAUGGAUAUACCCAAAUGUGUAUCAUGUGUAUCAUUUUAGUGUGAAAAUUUUUUUGACAUUCUUCUAUGAAGAGCUGAACUCUUUAAAUGUAGAAGAAUUGCCAUUUGUGUGAUUUAGCUAUCUCAAGCUUUAUUUAUAAUUUAUUUUGAAAAAUAAAAAUGGCACAUUUAUUUCCCAAAUGUCAAGAUUUUCUAGGUUUAGAUAAUUAGAGUACUAAGGUUGAAGACAUUUUUAAGCAUAUUUUAUAUGUAGUGAAAUACUGUGAAAAUACUAGUGAACAGCAUUUUGCUGUAAUGUUGAUUUCUGUUAUUAGAAUUUAAAGAGUUAGUCACCAGGGUAUGUUAGAUGAAUGUAGUUAUCAUUUAAUAUAAAACAAACAGAUCAUUUUCUGUUUGCAUGCAAAUUAUUUUAGUAAGUGUGAAAAUAAAAGUUUGGAAGACAAUAUUUUACUUUUAUAUCUGGACUCCCCAUCCCCCUCCAAUUUAUACUUUGCUUUUUUUGUAAUACGGCCUCCAGUGAAUGUGUUUGUAAUUUGUAUUACAUUGAAUAGUUUAUCACUUUAAUUUUUUAGAAAUCCUUUAAACCUAAUUAAGAUCUGGGUUUAGCCAUAGUGAAGCAAGUAGAAAAUGAGCUAAGAAUUUUGAAGAAAAGUCUAUAAAUCUUAAGUGAAUUAAGACAAAAAACACUGUUAUGUUUAGAUCCAUGCGAGCAUAUACAUGUACAAAUCUAUUCCUAUGCCAGAUACUAAUUGUCAAUGAAUUGUAAUAUUUCUCAUGAAUGCUAAUAAUAUUUUAAUUCCAAGCUUUAAAAUUUUAGCAUGUAUAUCGUUUAUGAAAACAGAAUUGUGUGUUAUGGCUUACUGUGUAUCUUUCAGCAAUAGGAUGCUCUCCAAAACAUUCACUAGCUUAUUAGCGUACUGACUAAAUUUGUGUGUGUGUGUGUGUGCGUGUGUGCGUGUGUGUGCACGCGUGUGUGGGCUUCUCUAUGUAGAUUUUUUUUCAUCAACUGGACAGUUUAUCUCAGACAUUAAAAAAAGAAGUUGGUAUGGAUAGUUGUAUUCACUGUCUACCAGUUCAUUGCUUCUGUUGUAAAGUGCUUAGCCUGUAUAUAUACUGCUUAAUCAUCCAUAUCAUUAUGCCUUUUAGAUAAACUAGCUUUUGUCAUA